AUGUUAGAUGAAAACUUGUCAUGCCUACUGGAUGAAAGUGACGAUGAUUGUAUUAAGAAAAGCAAAAAAAAAAAUGAGUUGAACAAAAAUGAGUUGAAAAAAAAUGAGUUGAAAAAAAAUGAGCUGAAAAAAAAUGAGUUGGGAAAUAAUAAGCAAACACCCCAUUCUACCAAUGGAAGUGUGCAAAAAAGUAAUAACCAUAACCCAUUAAACUCUAUACUAAAUUUCAAUAUUCGUAAUAUUGGAAAUUUGGAUAAUUUUUUUAAAAAUAAUAAUGACGAAAACAGAAAUAUAAGCAACAAAAGUAGUUGUAUUAAUACUACUGAUCAUUUUAAUUAUCAAAAUUUGCCUCAAAAUAAUUCCUUAUUUUAUAAUAAUAUAAAUGACGAGGAUGGUGAUAAUAUAAGCACGUUAGGAAAAGGGGAAACAAAUAAAACAAAAAAUUAUGAACAUGUCAGCAAAAAGGGUUAUAAAGAUAAUAAUUUACAUGAACAAAAAAAUGCCCAGCUAAAAAAUAAUCAAAGUGGCAGUAAUAAAAGUGGCAGUAAUAAAAGUGGCAGCAAUAAAAAUGGCAGCAAUAAAAAACAAACGGUUCACGGAACUGGAAACCAUUGCAAGUUAACCAAAAAUAAAAAUUCAGAAUUACCAAAUAAUGUAAUAAAUACAAAUUAUGAUAUUAAUAAUAUAUAUAAUAAAGAAGAAGAUAAAUUAUAUAUGAACACGACAAGAAAUAUAUCGAGAAAAAUACCUAGACAUGAAACAAAUUUAUAUAAAGAACAAUUUUUAACAAAAGAAAUAAAUAAUGAUAAUGCUACAAUGGAAACUGAUAUAUGUAAUUGGGUAGAUCAAAAUAAUAUAUCUAAUGAUGAUAUUAUGAAGGUAACUAAAAAUAAAGAGAGUAAUGAAAUGUUUUUACAUAAUAAUGAUAUGGUAAAAAAUACGUUUUCUAGCUCGACAUGCUUAAGUGAAAAACAUAAUAAUAAUAAUGAUAAUAAUAAUGAUAAUAAUAAUGAUAAUAAUAAUAAUGAUAUACAUAUUGAUAGCUUAUUAAGUUUUGAGGCAAAUAAAAAGAGUUAUUCAUCAUCCAUAUUAAAUAACAUCGAUUCAUAUGAUACAGUAAAUUUAAAAAAAAAAAAUUUACAAAAUAUUAAAAAUAAUAUAAAUAAAUUGAGAGAUAAAAUUCCAAGUUAUAUAAGUAAAGAAAAAAUUAAUAAACAGGUUCCAUUUUUAAUUGAUACAAAUUUAAUAGAAGAUGAAAAAUUAUCAAAAAAUAUAUAUAAUAAAAAGGAUUAUGAUAGAAAUAAAAAAUUAAUAUAUUGUUAUUCAUUUAUAAAAUACAAUUCCUGGUUAAAAGCCUUAAAAAUUUUGAACCUACCAAUAGACCCAUUUCAUUUAAGUAUUAAUGCACAUAAAUAUUUUCGAAGACAUAAUAAUGAUUCUUUUCUAUAUACAUAUAAUAUACAUAACAUUUUAAAAAAUAAACAUUUUUCUAACUAUAAAAUUAAUAAAAUGAUUGUUCUUAUAAAAAACAUAAAAUGCCAUAACCAUGGUUAUUUUAUUAUAUGUAUGGACCCAUCUGGUCAAAUGCCUGCAUCUUUACAUCAAGAAGUUGAAAAGGAAUAUAAAAAAUAUAUAGAUGUAGGCUCAACACUAAUACUUAAAGAUGUAACUGUUUUUGAAACUAUAGAUAAUUUACCAUAUCUAAUUAUAACACUAAGGAGUCUUGUUAGAGUUAUAAAAGCCGAAGAUACACAUUAUACAAUUAAAGACGAAAUAUAUAAUAAAAUAUCUUCAUUAAUAAAAUAA